AUGGCAUCAAUCUACAAGUUACAAAGACACUGCAACGGCGCAAAGCCUAACCUGCAGAUCAUUCAGGUAAUUGCAGAGCUCUCCGUGGUAAGUGACGGCGCCAUCCAGAAAGGAGAAGAAUAUCUGCAUGUAAGAGCCGCAGGAGUCACGGAGCUGAUCUUCCAGUGCUUCCAGCUAUUAAAACUUAAAGCUACGAGAACACAGCGAGAGAUGUCACCGGAAGUCGAAGAGGACGGGGUCGAAGCGGCGGUCUGCGAACAGCGGAGGUGCGCGGUCGGAGAGCAGGAGCAGCUCAGCGAUGAGGGCCUCAGCAGCGCAGAGAAACCUAGGAGCUCCGGGAAGUCGUCGGCGUCGGUGUGCCAGUGCAGAGGCGGGCGGGCGGCUUGUGCCAGUCUCCGCCAUGGCUUGUGCCAGUCUCCUCCAUGGGUGGGCCUGUACCUGCAGCAAGAGAGCACUGCUGCUGGGGCUGGCAGCUUGCGCGAGGACGCCGGGCGGACCUCCGUGGCCUAUCCCUCGAGCGCGAGGACGGCGGGAGAGAGGGAGCGGAAGCGGAAAUGCGGACCAGAGCGGCGGCGGCUGGGGUGA